AAAGUUUAAAGCUACUCUCACCAAAUCUUUAUGUCCUCAUUCUCAUUCCAUCUCACUCAAAAUUCCUCUGCAUCUCUCUCUCUCUAUCUUCACUGCAAGCAAUUAACAAUGUUUCAGGAUAAUAAUGAUGGAUCCUCGUCCAUAACUUCCUUGUCGCCGAGGAUGGCCGCCGGCGGAUUUGGGUCGCUGUGCCACUGGUUCAAGGAGCUGAAGCCGGAGGAAAGGGGCCUCUAUCUCAUCCACCUCCUUCUCACCUGCGCCAAUCACGUCGCCGCCGGCGCCCUCGACAGCGCCAACGUCGCACUCGACCAAAUCUCCCACCUCGCCUCUCCCGACGGCGACACCAUGCAGCGCAUCGCUUCCUAUUUCGCCGAGGCCCUCGCCGAUAGAAUUCUCCGGACGUGGCCCGGUCUUUACAAGGCCCUCCACUCCACUAGACUCCCGGCUCUCUCCGAUCAAGUCAAGGCCAAGAAGAUGCUUUACGACCUUUUCCCUUUCUUGAAGGUAGCUUUCAUGGUGACUAACCAAGCGAUAAUCGAAGCCAUGGAAGGGGAAAAGCUAGUCCACAUCAUAGACCUCAACGCCGCCGAACCCACCCAGUGGCGGCCGCUGCUCCAGGACUUGAGCGCCCGCCCCGAAGGGCCGCCGCAUCUGCGCAUAACCGGCGUGCACCCCCACAGAGAGGUGCUAGACCAAACCGCCCGCGCGCUCACCGACGAAGCAGAGAAGCUCGACAUCCCUUUUCAGUUCACCCCAAUCGUCACCAACCUCGAAACCCUAGAUUUCCGACAACUCCGCGUCAAAACCGGGGAGGCUCUGGCCAUCACCUCCUCCCUGAAACUCCACACUCUCCUCGCACACAACGACGAACCCGGAAAGAACCCCCAAAGACCGGGGGAUCAUUAUUUCCUCGAAAACCACAAGAUCAAAGGAUUCCUCGACGCUCUACGAGGUUUAUCCCCGAAAAUCUUGAUAAUCUCGGAGCAAGAAAGUAACCACAACGGAGAGAAACUGAUGGAGAGGCUCUCGGAAUCGCUGCACUACUACGCGGCAUUAUUCGACUGCCUAGAAUCGACGCUGCCCAGAACAUCAUCGGAGAGACUAAAGGCGGAGAAGAUGGUGCUGGGCGAGGAGAUCAAGAACAUCAUAGCCUGCGAGGGAAUGGAGAGGAAAGAAAGGCACGAGAAGCUGGAGAAAUGGUUCUGGAGAUUGGGGUCGUCUGGGUUCUGGAACGUGGCGCUGAGUUACUACGCCAUGUUGCAAGCUCGGAGGUAUUUGCAGAGCUGCCGGUGCGAUGGGUAUAACGUGAAGGAAGAGAAUGGGUGCGUGGUGAUAUGCUGGCAAGAUCGAGCUCUCUUCUCGGUGUCGUGUUGGAGAUGCAGGAGAUAAUUAAACCUAGAAGAAGACGAUUGGUUAGAGUUGGUUCAUCGUACCAAAGGAACAUAGGACAGAGACAGUACUGUUGUGUUGUAUUAUGUUUGUUCAUGAUGCGUUACAUUUACUUCUCAACAAAUUGGUCCGUCAACCAAGUUUAGCCAAUUAUUGUGUAUAGUUUUAGCUUUUUUAUUGAGGAUAAUCUUUUUGGAGUAUUAA